AUGAGGGAGCAUCAAGAAAGGGUCGAUAAGAUACCAGGUGCCCCAAAGUUGCUGCCAAAGGGAGAUGUUGGUCGGUUGGUCGAACAACCAUACAGCGAAGAAGCAGCUCCAUAUGCCAUUCCCAAAACCUUCAAAAUGCCACCGUACCUGAAGAUAUACGACGGUACUACAGACCCCGAGGAUCACAUCAUCCACUACGUCACAGCGGUGAAGGGCCACGACCUUUCAAAAGAACAAAUACCAUUAGUGCUACUGAAAAUUUUUGGCGAAACCCUGACGGAGGGAGCCUUAACAUGGUAUUCACAACUGCCGGCGCGGUCAAUAGCAAUGUUCGAGGAAAUGGCCGAUAAGUUCUUCACUACCCACGCAGGGGCUAAAAAGGCUGAAGCUAGGGUGAACAACAUAUUCGCCGUUAGGCAAUCGCCUGGCGAAGGACUCAGAGACUUCCUCGCCCGAUUUAACAGAGUGAGAAUGAGCCUGCCAAAUGUAUCGGAAGGGAUGGCGGUAGCAGCCUUCCGGAACGGGUUGAAUAGGAACGGGUCAAGGACAAACGUCAUCAGGGACCCCGACACCGUGGAAGCUGCUGAAUCAAUGAUAGAUGAUCUUGAUCCCGUCCAACUAGAUAGCAGAGACGUCAACAAAAAGGAUUACAUCGGACACAAGCUCUCAGAACCAGAUAUGCCAGGCAUCCCAAAAGACAUUGCCACCCACAAGAUAUGUCGACCCGCUUUAUCCACCAGUGCGGCAAGUAAGAAGAAAAUUCAACGCCGCAAUCAACGAGGUUGUUAG